AUGUCGUUCCGGCCUAACCUUCGUCAUUCGCAUACCGUUGAUGUCACCUUCGACAACCCCAACAGCGCAAUCGCCCGCCAGGCCUCAACUACUUCUUCAUCAGCCUCUUCCGGUUACUCCAACGCAUCCGACCACAGCAGCAGCACCUCAUAUACUUCAGCCUCGAGCGGGUACGGUUCUUACGGUCAUAAGCGCGGACGGAGCGAUGUGCUAGCACGCGCUCGCACCUUCGAAGUCGGAGAGAUGAAUACCAAAAAGACCGACCCGACCAAUCUAUACAGCUCUGCUCGCCAGUCGCUCCGUCCCCUGCCCCAAGCGCCAGCCGCGGCUCCGGCAUCGUCACCGUCUGCCCCAAGCACGCCACCGCAUAAGCAGCAGCGCCAUGAUCGUGGGAAAAGCGUCGAUAUUGGCAAGCUGGCCAUGUCACACAGUGAUGGGCCUUCGUCGCCAAAUUCGCCCUCUCGACACGGCAAUGUGCGACCAAAUUCUAUGCUGCUGUCCCGCUCCGACUCAAUGAGCGUCAGGGCCGGCGCUGGGACUCAAUCGAGCCAUCAUCAUAGCCUUAGCACCACACAUAUCGGCCGUCCAGACCUCGAAAAACUCGGCCGUUCAACGACUAGCCAACUGAGAACACUCUCCCGCCUUACUGAGUCCGAAGCCGUUGAUGGCUUCAACGUUACCUCGCCGGCGCAAGAAGUCGUUGGUCUCCGCGGUCGACGACGUUUGCAGCGGGCAGACAAGCCAAAUGGCGCCCGCGGCCCAAAGCAAGGCAAUUAUGGCUGGGAAAGCAGCAAAUGGAUAGACAAGCAACGUCAGUUUCUUCAAGCCUACGAAUAUCUUUGCCAUAUCGGUGAGGCCAAAGAAUGGAUCGAGGACGUCACACACAAGACGCUUCCGCCCAUUGUUGAACUCGAGGAGGCUCUACGAGACGGCGUCACCCUCGCACAGGUUGUUGAAGCCCUCAACCCCAACAAACAUUUCCGGAUAUUCCAUCACCCGCGCCUUCAGUACCGACACUCCGACAACAUUGCGAUUUUCUUCCGAUACCUAGAUGAAGUAGAGCUCCCCGACCUCUUCCGGUUCGAGCUCAUCGAUCUUUAUGAGAAAAAGAAUAUCCCCAAAGUAAUUUAUUGUAUCCAUGCACUGAGUUGGCUGCUAUUUCGACUUGGUAUUGUAGAUUUCCGUAUAGGAAACCUGGUUGGGCAGCUGGAAUUCGAACACCAUGAGCUGGAGGAAAUGCAGAAAGGCCUUGAUAAGCUGGGCAUUAACAUGCCGACCUUCGGCGAUAUGGGUGCAGAUUUUGGCGUGCCAGAGCCAGAACCUGAGCCGCAAGAGACGGAAGAGGAAAGAAUUGACCGAGAGCUGGCCGAAAAUGAGGCCUCUAUAGCUGAUUUCCAAGCGCAAGUCCGAGGAGCAAUGAUGCGACUGAAACUCGGCGAGACUAUGCAGCAGCUCUGGGAUCAGGAAGAGUUUCUGAUUGACCUCCAAUCGCGCAUUCGAGGUGACUUUACUCGCCAGAUCAUGGGUUACCGACUUCAGAUGAGGCGAUUUGCCACCCAACUGCAGAGUGCUUCCCGCGGAUUUCUGUUGAGACGGAGGCUGGAGAAGACUGAUCAGUUCUGGAAGGCUGUCGAGCCAGCUAUCCUGGAGCUCCAAAGCAUGGUCAGGGCGAAGAAAGCCCGCCACGAGGCACGGGAGGCACGAUCUACUCUGGCCACCUGCGGAGGGCCAAUAAGAGAGAUCCAGGCAGUCUCCAGGGGGUUCUUGUUCCGCAAAAAGCUCGUCGCUCAACAUAAAGAAACUAAAAAGAGCUCUGGUGAGGUACAAAGACUGCAGGCAGCCGUUAGGGGAAUGCUUGUUCGAGAAAGCCUCAACCAAGAUCGUCAACUGCUGCAUGCUGAAUCGCCUUCGAUUGUUAGCCUCCAAGCUGCACUCCGGGCACAGCAGCUGAGACAGCGAAUUGAGAUCCAAAAGGAGCAUCUCCAGGCUGCAGCCCCCAUGUUCACCAAGAUCCAGGCCUUUGCACGCGGCCUUGCGUCUCGGGCUGAGACAAAGGCUUUGCGUCAAGAGUUGAAGAAGCAUCAGGCCGAGGUCACCCGACUUCAGGCCAUCGUCAGAGCCGGGGUUGUACGGAAAAACGUGAAUGCAGAUCUUGAUGCUUUGGAGCAGAACUCGGAAGAAAUUGUUUCGCUCCAGUCCAUGAUCCGGGGUCUGUUCGUUCGGGAACAGAUUCUUGCAGACAGAGCCGAGCUGGAUAGCCACGUCUCUAAGACGGUCGAGUUACAAGCCGGUAUUCGUGGCUUCUUGUACAGACGUCAGCAUUCCGCCUUGCUUGAGGAACUGGAUUCUCACUAUGAUAAGAUCGCAGCAUUCCAGGCCAUCCUGAGAGGUAUCAUGGAACGGGGAAGAGUCGGAGAUUUGGUUGCAGAGUUAGAGGAAGAGGAGGAAUCAAUCGUUGCGGCCCAGUCUGCCAUCAAGGGCUUCCUCGUUCGAGCCCGGUUUGAAGAAAAGCGACGAUUCUUCAACGAGAACAUGCAAAAGGUGGUCAAGAUUCAGAGUUUUAUCCGUGCCAAGGUCCAGGGAGAGGCAUACAAGAGUCUUACCACAGGGAAGAACCCCCCAGUCGGCGCUGUCAAGAACUUUGUUCACCUUUUAAACGAUAGCGAUUUCGAUUUCAACGAAGAGGUCGAAUUUGAGCGCAUGCGCAAGACGGUCGUUCAGCAAGUUCGCCAGAACGAAAUGCUGGAGCAAUACAUCGACCAACUUGAUAUUAAGAUCGCGCUACUGGUCAAGAACAAGAUCACUCUUGACGAAGUAGUACGGCACCAACAUAACUUCGGAGGCCACACCGUGGGUCUGCUGGCCAACUCAUCCAUGUCCUCUGGCAACCAGUUUGAUCUGAAGGCGCUCAAUAAGGGUUCAAGAAAGAAGCUUGAGUCGUACCAGCAGUUGUUCUUCAAUCUCCAAACACAGCCACAAUACCUCGCUCGUCUCUUCCGUCAUAUUCGCGAGCAGGGAACGUCCGAGAAGGAGAGCAAGAGGAUAGAGCUGCUCAUCAUGAGUCUUUUCGGAUACGCCCAAAAGCGCCGAGAAGAAUAUUAUCUCUUGAAAUUGGUUUCUAGGUCAAUCAAAGAAGAUAUCGAGGGGUGUAAGACAUUCCAAGAAUAUCUUCGUGGAAACUUUUUCUGGACAAAGCUGCUCGGCAACUACACCCGAUCCCCUCGUGACCGCAAGUAUUUGAGGGAUCUCUUGGGACCUUUGAUUCGGGACAAUAUUGUGGAUGAUCCUGCUCUGGACCUUGAGAGCGACCCGAUGCAGAUUUACCGAUCUGCGAUCAACAACGAAGAGCUUCGAACUGGUAUGCCGGAUCCUCGUCCACUCGAAGUUCCUCGGGAAGUGGCCAUCAGGGACCCAGAGACGCGAAGACUUUUCAUCGAUCAUCUUCGUGACCUGCGAGAGAUUUGCGACCAGUUCUUCUUGGCAUUGGAGGAUCUCUUGCACAAGAUGCCAUAUGGCCUGCGCUUCCUUGGAAGCCAGAUGUUCCAGUCAUUGAGACAACAUUUCAAGAAGGAGUCCCCCGAAGUGAUACUCCAGCUUGUCGCCAACUGGGUGUGGAAAUCCUAUCUCCAGCCUGCUCUAAUAUAUCCCGAAAACGUGGGUGUAAUUGAAAAGGGGCUGAGCCCUCUUCAGAAGAGAAACUUGAGCGAAGUAGGCAAGGUGGUCGGGCAGAUUGCAUCUGGCCGAGUUUUCGGAGGCGAGAACAUCUAUCUCCAGCCCCUCAACGCUUUCGUUUCGGAGUCUAUUGAGAGGCUGGCUCAGAUCGCGGCAGAGUUGAUUUCCGUCCAGGAUGCUGAGAGCACUUUCGAUAUUGACGAGUUCAACGACCUCUACGCCAAAAACAAGCCUACCUUGUAUAUCAAGAUGACGGAUGUUUUUGCCAUCCACAACCUGGUCGCUGCCGAGCUCAACUACAUGUGCCCAAGCCGUGACGACGUUCUGCGCGAGAUCAUGCACGAUUUGGGCAAUGCUAAGAACAACGAGAGCGAGAUGAAUGCGGUUGGCUCCUCCGAGAUCCACAUGUUCCUGACGCCAAAGCUUCACGACGUUCAUGAUCCCGAGGCCGAGGUGAAGGCGCUGUUUAUGGAGACGAAACGUUGUGUCUUGUAUAUUAUACGAGUACAAACGGGUGCGAACCUCCUGGAGAUUCUGGUGAAGCCGAUCACGGAGGAGGACGAAAUCAAGUGGCACCAGAUCCUCCGAGACGAUUUCAAGAGCGAUAACAAAACUCGUGGUGCGUACUCGGAUGCCAACAUGGUGGACGUUACGCGAAUGUCGUACCAUGAGCUCAAGCGCACAGCGCUGGAGAAUGUGAUGCGCCUGGAGAAGUGGGGACGCAUCUCGAAGCACAACUACUACCAGGAUGUGCUCAAUGCGAUUGCUGUCGAUAUCCGCAGCAAGAGCCGAAGGAGAGUACAGAGACAGCGAGAGUUGGAUGGUGUUCGGAUGACCCUCUCCAACUUGCACGACAAGGCCAAGUACCUGGAGCAGCAGAGGAAGAGCUACGACGACUACAUUGAACAGGCGAUGGCGACACUCCAGAACAAGAAGGGCAAGAAGAGAUUCCUCCUGCCGUUCACAAAGCAGUACAACCACCAGCGCGAGCUCGAGCGCAGCGGACGGGUGCCCAAGUUCGGUAGCUACAAGUAUAGCGCCCGAGCUCUCCUGGAGAAGGGCGUCCUCGUUUCAUGGAGCGGCAUGGCCGACUGGGAAAAGAUCAACCUGACAAUCUCGUGCGACGAGGUGGGUGUUUUCGCCAUUGAGGGAUCAAAGGGCCACAUCCAGAUCCCAGGAGCCAGUGCGCUUGUGCCGAUCGAGGAUUUGCUACAAGCCCAAUUCGAAGCUCACCAGUUUAUGAACUUAUUCGAGGGCAACCUUCGACUCAACGUCAACUUGCUGCUGCACCUGCUGUACAAGAAGUUCUACCGAACACAAUAA